GCGGUGCUUUUAUUGUGAAGGACCCCGGAGGAAGUGCUGUGCGCAUGCUCCCUGCCUUGGUGCGGCUGCUCCGCAGGUUGGUCUCGCGCUGACAGGAUGAAACUUUGAUCAGAACCGGGAUAAAGAUCUGCUGCUGUGACGUCACCAUGGCGCUGCAGGCUCUGGUUCUGUACGACUUCACAGCUGAACCAGGGAACAACGAGCUGUCAGUCCGAGCAGGAGACACCGUCGCCGUGAUCGACCAGAGCGUAGGUGGAGGCUGGAUCGAAGCCCAGAACUCCAGCGGACACACCGGACUGGUUCCUGAAGGAUAUUUACAGAUCGGUAACGCUGGUGGAGGAGGAGGCGGGGACUCGUGGUCAGGGGGCGGGGCUUAUGUCAGUAACACAGAGGGAUGGGACAGUCGAGGACACCAACACAACCAACAAGCGACUCCGCCUGGUGAGGACAACGACGGUGAGUGGGACGACGACUGGGACGACCAAUCGCUGGGCGGUUACUAUGGUAACGAGCAGGCGGAGGGCGAAGGCGGGGUUUCAGGACGGAGUGCCCAUGGCCCGUCUGUCAAAAUCUCCCUUAACAAGUUCCCGUUCUCCAAAGGUCCGAGUCCUGAAGUCUUCCUGUUAGCCAAACCACCAGCUAACAGCAGCAGACUUCCUAUCUAUACGGGAGAGGUGGGUCCUGUGUGGCUCUACCCAACGUCUCCUCUGGACUGUGUGAUCGCUGAUCCCAAGAAAGAGUCCAAACUGUACGGACUGAAGAGCUUCAUCGAGUAUCAGGUCACACCCAGCACCACCAACAGACCUGUCAAUCAUCGCUACAAGCACUUUGAUUGGCUGUACGAGCGUCUGCUGGAGAAGUUCGGCUCUCUGCUUCCCAUCCCGUCACUACCUGACAAGCAGGUCACAGGCAGGUUUGAGGAGGACUUCAUCCGGAUGAGGAUGGAGCGUCUGCAGGCCUGGAUGACCCGGAUGUGUCGCCACCCCGUCGUCUCUCAGAGCGACGUCUUCCAGCUCUUCCUCACCUACAAGGACGAGAAGGAGUGGAAGUCUGGGAAGAGGAAGACGGAGAAAGACGAGACGGUGGGUCCAAUGAUGUUCAGUCUGGUCGAACCCGAAGCUGCAGAGCUGGACGCUGCCCAGGUGGAGCAGAGGUGUGAGCAGUACAGCCGCUUCACUAAGUCCAUGGAUGACGGCGUCAGAGAGCUGCUGAAUGUCGGACACACACACUGGAAACGCUGCACCGGACCGCUGCCUAAAGAGUACGAACGGAUCGGACGGGCCUUCAGAAACCUGUCGACUGUUUUCAGCAGCAGCAAAUAUCCAGGAGAGGAGACGUUGACUGACGCGCUGACAGCAGCUGGAAAAACCUAUGAAGAGAUCGCACUGAUCGUCGCACAACAGCCUCAGAAGGAUCUGUACUUCCUCCUGGAGACCAACAGUGAAUAUAAAGGCCUGCUGGGAUGUUUCCCAGAGAUCAUCGCUGUACACAAGGCUGCAGUGGAGAAGGUGAAGGAAGCCGAUCGUUUGGUUUCUGCAGGAAAAAUCAGCAGCAGCGACAAAAGAAGCAUGAACCAGAGGAGCAGCUGUAUGAGCUACUCCCUGCAGGCUGAGAUGAAUCAUUUCCAUAGCAACCGUAUCUACGACUACAACAGAGUGAUGCAACUCUACCUGGAGCAGCAAGUGACCUUCUACCAGCAGAUCGCCGACAAGCUGAGAGGAGCUCUGAGCCAGUUCACCACACUGUGAGGAUGACAUCACCGAUGACAUCACUGCAGCCUGUUACACUUUUAACAAAAUAAAAGCUUUUUACACUUUUACACAUGAAUAUAGACGUAUGUACUGUAUGUGAGAGUAUAAGUGUGUACUGUUUGCAGUAUAAGUGUGUACUGUUUGCAGUAUAAGUGUGUACUGUUUGCAGUAUAAGUGUGUACUGUUUGCAGUAUAUCUGUGUACUGUUUGCAGUAUUACUGUGUACUGUUUGCAGUACAUCUGUGUACUGUUUGCAGUAUUACUGUGUACUGUUUGCAGUACAUCUGUGUACUGUUUGCAGUAUUACUGUGUGUUUUAAGUCUCGCUGUGAUUCUUUGAUUCUUUUCUAAUGAACUGAUUUUAAUUCUUGUUUCUUUUUAACAUUAAAUUCUUUCUCCCAAAUUAAA